AUGGUUCAAGAAGGCAAAGUCGCGGCUAGUGCGAGGCUUUUCUCGACAGGGCUGCCAGUGGCAGUGCGGCCAUGCGACUGUUGCCGGUCGGUGGUGGCCCUGCUCUUCUGCUCUGCCCUCGCGAGGUCCGCUAUCUAUGUGCUGCAGCUGGCGGACGAUGAUGGUAACAUCACCGAGUCGUGGAUCGAGAAACUACAGGGUGCGGGGGACGGCGAUCUGAAAUCCAUCGAGCUAUUGUUUCAUCGUCAAUUUCUAAAUCCCAUCGUCGAAGAAUCAUUUUAUGAUCGAUUUCUCGGAUCCAACAUCAACAAUUAUAACUACACAACUCCAAUUUAA